AUGGCUCUCGUGUCAUACUCGGACUCCGAAGCUUCAGACUCAGAGCAGGAGACAAAACCCACCCAGCCAUCAAACAAGACAAUAGCCCCGCCACCCCCCAAACCCUCCUCAGGCGCAAACUUCCACUCGAUCGUCGACCGCGGCAAUCCCCGCAAAAUCCGCGUUGCACUACCGGAUAUUAAACCAGAAAGCUCAGCCGCGGAUGACGACCAGACGGCUGAAGAUGGCCCGGCCAGAAAACGAGCCAAGAUAGGUGGCGGCAAAGCGUUUUCGGGCUUCAAUUCACUUUUACCGGCUCCGAAGAGGGCAGCCGCCGCGGCGGAGAAGGACAAGAAGGCCGCUGCACCCGCGCGCAAGAUAUUCAGUUUGAAGACUGGGGCGGCACCUGGGUUUGAUCGCGAGGCUGACGCGGAUCUUCGGAGUGAAUGGGCGUAUGAUGCGUUAGCAGGCGCGGGCGAUGACGAGACGAUUCCGAAGGCCGGGAGCCUCCGAGAGGAAUCUGGUGGCAGCCCGAGCGCUACGCGGGGGGCGGAACAGGGCGACGAGAAGCCGAAGGAGGAGGUCAAGUUGAAAGGAAACCCGAUGAUGUUCAAACCGCUAUCCGUCGGGCGAGCGUCACAGAAGAAAAAAAAACAGCCGGCUAAAGUUGCCUCUGCAUCCUCUGCACCCAUCGCAACCGACACGAACACGGCUUCUGGGCCGUCCAAGGGGCCUGCUGUCAUACAGCCUACACCGCCACCGCCUGUCGCGCCGAAACCGAAGAUUAGUUUGUUCUCUCUGUCGUCGGAAGAGUCCACAACGUCGAGUUUCCCCGGACUCCAAGCACAGAGUUCCACGUACGAGCCUUUGGUCUUUACUACUGAUUCCGAUGCCGCUCCAGCUGGACCGCAGCCCGACCCUCAAGUCGCGGCUAUCGCAUCAGACUCAUCUGACCAAACACUGGAUAACAUUGCGGAUGACCUCAAUCUAUCCCGAGCCCAACGGCGACAGCUCUUCGGACGCAACGCCGACCCGUCCAAAUCCCGCAUUCUUCAUUUCAACACGGACAAGGAGUACAUCGCCAACCAGGAGUUGGCUCACCAGACGGACCAUGCGGCCGCUCAGCACAAUCCAGUCCGGGCAAUCGCUCCAGGCAAACAUUCGCUGCAGCAGCUGGUCAAUGCAGCAAGCACCCAGAAGGAGGCGUUGGAGGAAAGUUUUGCAACUGGGCGAAGAAACAAAAAGGAAGCUGGUUCCAAAUACGGCUGGUAA